UUGCUCCGGGAGAUUUUUGUCUGACAAAAAGGCCAGCCGAUAAGGCGGACGAGCGACUCAACCGGAGAGAAGAACUCAUCGGAGAGGCACCGGAAUGGCUUUCCAGCUCUGCCAUUCACCGUCCACCUUCUUCUCCGACCACCAUCCUCUCUCCAAUUCUUUAAACUCUCAACACAGAAUAACUCUACGCAAGUCUUCUCACCGUUUCAAGCUCAAUCCCACACCUCACCACUCAAAAACAUGUCUCCGGAUAACCAAUGUCUCCUUACAGGAAUACGCUGCUCAAGAAGCCCAAAAUCCAAUUCCCACUCAGGAUGAAAGCUCGAAAUACCCGGAUGGGAAAUCUAAUUCCUCGUCCAAAAGCUCCGUCUGGGUCAAUCCCAGAAGCCCCAGAGCUUCGAAACUCCGCAACCAAUCUUACGAAGCCAGGUAUGCUUCUCUUACGAGAAUUUCGGAGUCUUUGGACUCUUGUAAUCCAUGUGAGGAAGAUGUUGCUGAUGUGUUGAAGGGGAUGGGUAGUAACAUUUUAGAACAGGACGCUGUUGCGGUGCUGAAUAACAUGUCGAAUUCCAGUACUGCGUUGCUUGCUCUUCAGAUGUUUCAGAAGGUGUUGAAAUCAAGUAAAAAGGCGAUUCUUUACAAUGUAACGCUGAAGGUGCUUAGGAAGUCGAGAGAUAUGGAAGGUGCAGAGAAACUGUUCGACGAAAUGCUUAAGAGAGGAGUUAAGCCUGAUAACGUGACAUUUUCUACAGUAAUUAGUUGUGCUAGGUUGUGUUCGUUGCCAAAUAAGGCUGUUGAGUGGUUUGAAAAGAUGCCAAGUUUUGACUGUAAUCCUGAUGAUGUCACUUACUCUGCGAUGAUUGAUGCCUACGGGCGGGCUGGUAAUGUUGACAUGGCUUUCAGCUUGUAUGAUCGUGCAAGAACUGAAAACUGGCGUAUUGAUCCUGCGACAUUCUCGACAUUGAUCAAAAUUCAUGGAGUGGCUGGGAACUAUGAUGGGUGCUUGAAUGUGUAUGAAGAAAUGAAGGCUAUAGGCAUCAAGCCUAACUUGGUUAUAUAUAACAGCUUGCUGGAUGCUAUGGGUAGGGCUAAAAGACCCUGGCAGAUCAAGACCAUUUACAAAGAGAUGAUUAAAAACGGGUUUUCACCAAGCUGGGCAACUUAUGCUUCGCUUUUACGUGCCUAUGGGAGGGCCAGAUAUGGUGAGGAUGCCCUCCUUGUGUACAAGGAGAUGAAGGAAAAAGGAUUGCAGUUAAAUGUAAUUCUCUACAACACACUUUUAGCUAUGUGUGCUGAUGUUGGCUACGUUAAUGAAGCUGUUGAAAUUUUUGAAGACAUGAAGAGCUCUGGGGCAUGCUCACCUGACAGUUGGACUUUUUCUUCCAUGAUUACCAUAUAUUCCUGCAGUGGAAAAGUAUCAGAGGCGGAGGAAAUGUUGAACGAGAUGAUGGAAGCCGGUUUUGACCCUAAUAUCUUUGUCUUGACUUCACUAAUCCAGUGUUAUGGGAAAGGCAAACGCGUUGAUGAUGUUGUGAGAACAUUCGAUCGACUGGUAGAGCUGGGUUUAACUCCAGAUGAUCGAUUCUGUGGCUGUCUUCUCAAUGUAAUCACCCAAACACCAAAAGAGGAACUUAGUAAGCUGAUUGAUUGUGUUGAGAGAGCUAACUCGAAACUCGGUUAUGUGGUUAAGCUUUUGCUAGGGGAACAAGACAAGGAAGGAGACCUCAGAACUGAAGCCUCAGAACUACUUAGUGUUGUUAGUGCUGAUGUGAGAAAAGCCUAUUGCAAUUGCUUAAUUGAUCUCUGUGUGAAUUUAGAUCUUUUAGAGAAGGCAUGCGAGCUCCUGGAUUUGGGGCUUACGCUUCAGAUAUACACAGGUUUGCAGUCCACGUCUCCAACUCAGUGGUCUCUACAUCUUAAGGGUCUUUCUCUUGGGGCUGCUCUCACUGCAUUACACGUUUGGAUAAAUGACUUAACAAAGGUGCUUGAAUCUGGGGAGGAACUUCCACCAUUACUUGGAAUAAAUACUGGACAUGGAAAACACAAGUAUUCUGAUAAAGGUUUGGCGAGUGUCUUUGAGUCACAUUUGAAGGAAUUAAAUGCUCCAUUCCAUGAGGCUCCAGAAAAGGUCGGGUGGUUUUUGACAACUAAAGUGGCUGCAAAAUCAUGGUUGGAAUCUAGAGGUUCUCCUGAAUUAGUUGCAGCAUAGGUUGUUCUUGAGGUCCCUCAAUUCAUGAACUUAUAUUUAGUUUGAUCCAUAGUAUCUGAAGUCAUUUAUAUCCUUUUUCCCCUUUUCUUUGCCUUUAAUCGGCCAUAUAUUUCUUGAAAGAGAAUCUAAUGCUAAAGGAUGCAAUGGAGAGUUCUGCAAUCGUUGUGCUUCUGUUGUAUUAUAGUUCCUUGGAAUUUCAGAUUGAUGCUCUAACACUUUACUUUCUUGCUUAACGCCAACUUUUUAUGAUUA